GGGGAGGAAGGUUAGGGACGCAGAGAGGGAGAGCGCUUGCGGGAGAGGGACGCCUGGCUAGGGCUCUGAGGAGGGCUGAGGCCACGGCUACUGAAGGAGGCAGGUAGUGCUUUCCAAGAGCUAGAGUGCAAAAUCUCCGACGAGGUCGCGUCCAGUGAGAACCUCAGCCCCUACCCCCAGCAGCUCAGAGCCUGGGACGUCGGGAGAGCGGAGAGAGGUCUCAGGUCUAGCGGGGAGAAAUCAGCGAGGGGAGCCCGGGAUCCAGACAGCACCAUUCACAAGAAAGCAACUGUCUAGAGAGCUGGAGCCCCAGACCUGUGAAAAACCAGCCGUCCAAGAAGCUGCGGGUCUCAGGUGCCCUGGAUCAUUAGAACUGCACCCGCGGGUAUUAUCAGACUAUAGGUUCUGAACCAUCAAGGGCUGUCCUUGGCCCAACCCACCGGGGAGAUUGCCACCCUGACAGGCGGUUUGGGAAACAGCGCUGCUGUGACAGGAGGAAGCCGCCGGGGCAAGGUGGUCCGGAACAGCCGUCGGGAGAUCCAGACCCGGGCCCGAGCCCGCGGAGAGCCCCGGGCCUCCGCCGCCAUUGCGCCCAAAAGUGAGGAGGAUUUGCUGGCCCUGGCCGCGUCACGGCUGAGCCGCCGCAAGCGGGUGGCCGGCGCGGCCGUCGGGGUGGCCAUGGUGCUGUUGCUGCUGGUAGCCAUCCCGCUACUGGUGCACAGCUCUCGCGGACCAACACACUAUGAGAUGCUGGGUCGCUGUCGCAUGGUGUGUGACCCCCACGCACCCCGAGGACAAGGCCCCGACGGUUUGCCCGCCUCGGUGCCUCCCUUCCCUCCGGGUGCCAAGGGAGAAGUGGGUCGGCGAGGGAAGGCUGGCCUGCGGGGGCCACCAGGACCCCCAGGUCCUAGAGGUCCCCCUGGAGAGCCAGGCAGGCCAGGUCCCCCAGGUCCUCCUGGCCCAGGCCCUGGAGGGGCAGCGCCCCCUGCAGGCUAUGUACCCCGAAUUGCCUUCUACGCGGGUCUUCGGCGGCCUCACGAGGGUUAUGAAGUGUUGCGCUUUGACGAUGUGGUAACCAACGUGGGCAACGCUUACGAGGCAGCCAGCGGCAAGUUCACCUGUCCCAUGCCAGGCGUCUACUUCUUCGCUUACCAUGUGCUCAUGCGCGGCGGCGACGGCACCAGCAUGUGGGCCGAUUUGAUGAAGAACGGGCAGGUCCGGGCCAGCGCCAUUGCUCAGGAUGCGGAUCAGAAUUACGACUACGCCAGCAACAGCGUCAUCCUGCACCUAGAUGUGGGUGAUGAGGUGUUCAUCAAGCUGGACGGUGGAAAGGUGCACGGCGGCAACACCAACAAAUACAGCACCUUCUCGGGGUUCAUCAUCUACCCAGACUGAGCCCAGCACCUCACACACUCUCAUGUUCGGUCACCGCCCCUUUGACCCCUCGCUCCAAUCCACACCCACUUCCAGCUAGCCCUCCCCACGGCCCCAUCCUCCGAGCCUGCGGACUCUCCCGCU